AUGCUUGUGUGCUCGCGUGCAGCCGGGCUGCACGACGAAGCGGAAUGCAAUCAAGCCGGGCUUGAUCAUUCAUGUCCGCGGGAACAAUUCGCCGACGGUUACAAAAGUAACGGAUACGCGUCCAAGGCCGGGCCUGGACGAGAAUCACGUGAAGCUAGGCUUCUCAAGAAAAGACAGCGCAAGCGACGAAAGCUACGCAAGUCUAGUUCCGGGACCGAGACGCUGCAGUCGGUGUCUGCCGGGCGACCU